AGAUGAUCGUCACCAAGAACGGCCGGCGAAUGUUCCCAGUGGUGAAGGUGAGCACGUCGGGGCUGGACCCCACGGCCAUGUACUCACUGCUGCUGGAGUUCGUGCAGAUCGACCCCCACAGGUGGAAGUACGUGAACGGCGAGUGGGUGCCCGGGGGCAAGGCGGAGGCGCCGCCCGCCAACGCCGUCUACGUGCACCCCGAGUCGCCCAACUUCGGCGCGCACUGGAUGAAGGAGCCCGUGUCCUUCGCCAAGGUCAAGCUCACCAACAAGACCAACGGCAACGGACAGAUAAUGCUAAACUCCUUACAUAAAUAUGAGCCGCGAGUACAUUUAGUGAAGGUUGGCACAGAUCCCAAAAAAAUUAACACUUACCCUUUUCCUGAGACGCAGUUCAUUGCUGUCACAGCUUACCAAAACGAAGAGGUGACGUCGCUGAAGAUCAAGUACAACCCGUUCGCCAAGGCGUUCCUCGACGCCAAGGAGCGGCCCGACGCCUUCUACCCGCGCGAGUUCAUGCCCGCCUACGCGCAGCCCUCGCCCGCGCCGCAGUACCCGCAAUGGUUUCUUUUUGCUGCCAUGUAUCGAUACCGUGACAGUUCAUCCUCAGCAGAUAUAAUCGCCGGGCUUGUUUAA